AUGGAGGAGGUUCACUUACCCAACUUCCCAUCCACUGCUAAGUCCAUCUACAACUGUGCACUUGCUUCUCCUCCUACUCGUGGUAGUGUUAAUAAUUGUCUGCUGAUGUGUAUCGAAUAUUGUGACCAAAAGAAGCAGAGUGUUUUCCACUUCUGUCAGCCGGGGGAUAAAGAUUGGACCACACAACUAGUGGAGCCGCAACAAGGUCAAUGCCGGGACGACGAGAAUGCCCAUCUCUUCCGUUUCCACCACAUCGUCAGCUUCAAUGGCGAGUUAUAUGUUGUUUCAAUGUGCUGUCUCAGCCUCUUCAGGGUUCAGUUGAUGAUUGACAAACAUAGUAUUAAUGAUGUUUCAAUCAAGUUACUUGAUCUGAAGUUAAGGAGACCGGACAUGCCUUGGGCGCACUUUAUUAGGAGCACUAUGUUGAGAUUUUGCUUCCUGGUUCAGGCUUCACCUACUGAACUAAUGAGAGUUGAGCUACACUACGGUGACAACAGAGACACUGACUUAAAGCUUUGA